AUGGACCCAGUCGACACGGAAAGUCAAGCGAAAGAGAUAUCUUCGAAUCAAAUUGAGAAUGUGAACGCGACUGAUGAGUUUUUAUUCACUCCGGAGGAGGAGAAAGCAUUGGUGAAAAAGGUCGAUCUCACCCUGUUACCUACCAUCUGGAUCAUGUACUUGUUAUCGUAUCUAGAUCGGACCAAUAUCGGCAAUGCAAAGAUCUCUGGGAUGGAAGUCGAUCUCAACCUGACAUCCAACCAAUAUUCCAUUGCGUUGGUGGUAUUCUUUGUUGGAUACGUGGUAUUGGAGGUCCCAAGCAACCUCGUGCUGGGUCGAUCACGGCCCUCGAUUUUCCUCCCUUCAAUCAUGAUCCUUUGGGGCGCCCUGACGUGUGUUAUGGCUGUUGUCAAAUCAUUCGCCCACCUGGUGAUUCUGAGAACAAUCCUUGGAUGCAUUGAGGCCGGCUUCGCCCCGGGUGUUUUGCUUCUCAUUUCAUCGUGGUACAAACAAACUGAACAAUCCAAGAGGUUUGGCGUAUUCAUCUCAGCAGCUGUUUUAUCCGGUGCAUUCGGGGGUCUUAUUGCCGCUGGGAUCGUCGAUGGCCUUGAAGGGGCCUGUGGCAUCCGCGGUUGGCGGUGGUUGUUCAUCAUCGAGGGUGCUAUCACUGUCGGCUUCGCAAUCAUUUCGAUCUUCAUUCUUCCAGACUUUCCAGCAACAACGAAAAGACUGUCUGAUCGCGAGAGGAAGAUAGCAGUUGCACGCUUGGCUAAAGAGAAUGUCAUCGCAUCUUCCGAAGCCACAGAAAGGUUGAGCAACUUGGGUGCUUGCAAGGUAGCCUGCCAAGACUACCGGACCUGGGCUUUCGUGAUAGGCUACAUGGUCAUUGUUGGCUCAAGCACGUUGACAUAUUUUUAUCCUACUCUCGUAGGAGGACUUUUUGGAGACGCUUCUACCAAAAGGAUAAAUCUAUUGACUGUUCCAAUCUACGCAGUCGCUUUCGUUGCCACCGGAGUCACAUCUUACUACGGAGACAAAGUACCUUCAUGGCGUGGUAUAAUCAUCGCUGGCUGGCUGUUGUUUUCGCUCAUCUGUGCAAUUCUGGUUUGCACGAUUUAUAACUUCGCAGCUCGAUAUGCGCUUCUUGUGCUCAUAGCGGCGGGCCUUUGGUCCACCAACGGAGGUACAUUGGCCUACGCGUCCUCUGCGUUUGCUGGUAUGCAUCCACAGGCCCGUGGUGUCUCCUUGGCUAUGGUCAAUGCUUUGGGUAACCUCGCGCAGAUUUACGGAUCAUACCUAUUCCCCGAGAAGGAUGGCCCGAAGUAUAUUAUGGGAUUUUCUGUUAUAUCUGCAAUGCUUGCAGUCGGCGUGACGGUGUUUCUUUUCUUACAAUUUCGUCUCUAUAGACGUUCCAAGGGUGGUGUUGUGCAGUAA